UUUACUGGACAGUGCAUCACAUAUUCAGGGACAGCAGACGACAUGGCCGAAGUACCGAGGUUUCACGGUAGAGAAGUGUUGCAGUCCAUUUAACCAACCAGUAGUGAUUGCAAUUCUACUAGGCUACUUGUAACGGCGCACUGUCGGAUUUGCCAAUCGGAAAGUUACUCAUCCCUCGGCGAAGACUAUUGAUAUACAACCGAGAGAGCAAGAUCACACCUUAAUUGCCUUAUUCGAGAUCAUCGAGCCAUCUCAUCGCCGUUGGCGCCCGCUAAGCAUGCUGGGAUUGGACUGAGGCAUCAUGGAUCCUGAGGAGGCGGAGCUGCUCAACGACUACCGUUACCGCAGCUAUGCGGCGGUCAUCGAGAAGGCGCUGCGGAACUUUGAGUCGUCCAGCGAGUGGGCCGACCUCAUCUCGUCCCUGGGCAAGCUGAAUAAGGCGCUGCAGAGUAACCUGAAGUACUCUCUGUUGCCGCGGCGUCUGAUCAUCGGGAAGCGUCUGGCCCAGUGUCUGCACCCCGCGCUGCCCAGUGGCGUCCACCUCAAGGCCCUCGAGACCUACGAGAUCAUCUUCAAGAUCAUCGGCACCAAAUGGCUGGCCAGGGACCUCUUCAUCUACAGCUCGGGGCUGUUCCCGCUGCUGAGUCACGCUGCGAUGGCGGUGAAGCCGGUGCUGCUGGGGCUGUACGAGCGCUACUUCCUCCCCCUGCAGAGGGCGCUGUUGCCCAGCCUACAGGCCUUCGUCAUGGGCCUGCUGCCCGGCCUGGAGGAGGGGCUGGAGGUCUACGACAGGGCGGAUGCGCUGCUGUGUCGGUUGGGGCACCUGGUGGGCCAGCGUGUUCUGUACGGGGCGCUGUGGGGCUCGCUGCUCGUGUGCCCGCUGGUGCGGCUGCCCGCCACCCUCUUCAUCGUCGCCCACUUCGACCGCAUGGCAGCGCCACGCCUCCAGAGGGACAUGCUGGGCACCGACCACAGACUGGUGGUGCGCUCCAUCUGUUUGUCUCUGCAGGACUCUAAUGUGCUGGUGCAGCGGAACAUGCUGGAGAUCCUCCUCUACUUCCUGCCCUUCGCCACAUGCCUGGACCCAGAAGAGGGCGCUAUCCCGCUGAGCAGAGAGGACAUGAUCACAGUGGUGUCUGCUGCAGCUCUCACACUGCUCCGCAGAGACAUGUCCCUCAACCGACGCCUCUACGCAUGGAUACUAGGUACGGAUAUUAAAGGAGGCAUGGUGGCCCCUGACCCCUCUCAGUCCACCACAUUAGAGGAGCACACUGCUUUCUACUUCAACACACACUCCAGAGAACUACUGGUGGAGGCUCUGGUGAGCAUUCUGAAGCAGAAGGAUUCCAAAUCAGAUCCAGAGAAUGUUCUAGAAUAUCUCAAACCAUUCCGGGUGAUCAUCAGCCUGCUGGACAAACCGGAGAUUGGUCCAGUGCUGGUGUCUGACGUGUUGCUGGAGGUGUUGCGUGCGUUCCACUGCUACUGCAGGGAGUCCCUCGGUGAGGACAGCACCUCCUCGUCCUCCUCCUCCACCUCCUCCUCCACCUCCUCCAGUCACAUCGCCAGUAAGAUGAAAGAGAAUAAGGUCACCUCUGAGAUCAUCAAAACCGUCAACAUGCUCUUCAACGCAAUGAGCUCAGACUACCUGUGGGAUUACCUCACCAAACGCUUCCAUACGAGUCUCAGUUCCUCUACAUCAGUGGCUGAGUCCAAAUCCUGGAGCUCCCCUCCCUCUGUGACCGAACUCUCAACGCUCAUUAUAUUUCUACUGGACGUCAUACCACUGGAGCUGGACUCUGACAUCCAGUCCCACUUCCUGCCCCAGAUGCUGAGCAGCAUGCUGCGCUCCCUGCGCGGUCACAUGACGAGUCUGAGCCAAUGGGAGCUGACGCAGGCGCUGCGGGUGUGCUUCAAGGUGCUGGGGAGGGUGCAGAUCCCCAUGGCCUACAUGGACAUGGAGGCAGAGGCCAUGACCCGGCUGGAGGAGGAUAGCCCCACCCAGAGGGUGAAGAGAGACCACGAGGGGGAGGAGAACCAUGCGGCACACUCGCACACCAACGGUCACCACAGCAACGGUCACCACAGCAACGGUCACCACAGCAACGGACCGGUGGAGCCUGUAGUGGUGGUCAACGGAGACGGUGGUCCGGAGGCGGAGCCAGGAGAGGCUGUGUUCCCGCCCCUUCGCUCAGAGGACAGCGGAUUGGGCCUCAGCGCCUCCCCCUCAGAGCAGCACCUCCUCCCGGGCCGCGAUUGGUCGGAUGCGGCGAUGGGGGUGUGUCCACAGAGAGAGGAUGUGUGGAGGAGGGGCGGGAGUGUGGAGAGCAUCACACACAACGUGCAGGAGAUACUCGCAGCAGUCAUCAACAGUUACUUGCUGUGUGCGGUGGAGGAGGACCAGGGGAAGGCGUCGGCAGCUCAGCCCGACCGCAGUGCUCCCUCCCUGGGCAAGAAGGGCUCGUCCCCUGGGCACCGGAGCUCCAGGGAGCACAUGUCCAUGCCCCAGAUCAAGGACCGGCUGGCCGAGAUCUUCACCCCCAACAAGCUCAAGCGCCGCAGCUCGUCCACCGACAGCAGCCCAGGGGGGCGGGACUGGCUGUCUGGCCACGCCCCCCGCAGCAGGUCGGAGGUCACGGAGGCGGGGCGACAGGCCUUCACGGCCGCCUGCCACCUCAUGCUGGAGAGCACCACCUUCCCACUGUACCUGAGCGCGGAGGAGAACGCACACCUGUACGAGCAGAUGUUCAACAGCACAGCAGGCACUGAAAAGGGCACCUUACCUGAGUGGCUGAGGUCCCUGAUGGCCCUGUGCUGUCUGUCAAAGGACUACCAGGUGCAGCAUGUGGCGGUGUCGUCGCUGCUGGAGCUGGUCAACCACUCUCAGACGCUGGCGCUGGUGGUGAAGGACAAGACCCGGCGGGCACGCCAGGCAAGACCCGGCGCCAGCCUCCACACCGGGCACCUGCAGAUGGUCACGGUGCCCCCCAUCCACCCCGCCAUGCUCACGGCCGUCGAGCAGAGCACCGACUUCUACCAGCGUGUGGCCCAGGUGUUGUGGUGUGCGCUGGACAGUGAGCGGCGGGAGCAUCACCUGUCGUGUGUGGAGCUCUUCUACCGGCUGCACUGCCUCGCCCCCUCCCCACACGUCUGCGAGGACAUCAUCUGCCUCGGCCUGCUGCACACAGACAAGACUGUGCGUUUGGAGUCCCUCCACAGGUUCUCGGUGCUGUGGCACCUGACCCGAGAGAUGCAGUUCAGCAUGAGCCUGUCUCUUCACCGCAGCUUUGACAGGUCGUUGUUUGUGGUGCUGGACAGUCUGAACACCGAGGACAGCUCCAUCAUCGCGGCAGGGGAGAGCUGGUUGCUACGGGCGCUGUCGCUAGGCGACGCUCUGCGGAUCCUAGAACCGGUUCUGCUUCUGCUGCUGGAUCCUAGAACCCAGAGAAUGUCCAUUCAGAACGUCAAACAGAACUUCACCAUCGGUAACCUGAGGGUUCUGACCCAUCGGGAGCGCCACUCCUCUGGUGUCCACGGCGACGGUAAGGGCCAAUCAGAGCAGAGUGCGCUGCUCAGCAGCCUGAUCUCAUUGGACCGCCAGGCCAUGUGGGAGGAGCUAAACCGCGACCCGGAGCAGGAGCAGGCUUCCGAUUGGCCGGCGGCGCUGUCCCGCAGCGGGAGCGAGGAGACGAGCGAGGAGGACAACAACAACGACGAAGUCCGCGAGGACGACGAAGAGAGCGACCACACCGAGUCGGCCGACACCAGCGGCGCCCAGGUCUCCACGGAGACCAACUCCAGCUCCACCUCCGGCUCCGCCCCUUACAUCCAUCGCCACGACGACCAGGGCUCGGGCUCGGGCGAACCCGAGGGCGUGCGGCGCGUGGACUCGGCGCGCACGCAGGCGUCGGACUCGCUGUCGAGCGAGGAGGAGGAGGAGGGGGAGGAGGAGGAGGAGGGCGAGGCGGAGGAGCUGGAGGCGUUGGCGCGGUUACGGCAGCUGCGGCGGCAGCAGGAGAGGCGGCAGGCGGCCGACUCGCUCUUCCAGCACGCGCUGCUCUACGCCGGCCCGCACGACCACCAGCGGCUGCUGCGCCCGCUCGGCAUGCUGGGAGCGCUGCUGGGGCCCGCGGGGGGAGCGCGCGGCGCCGCCCUGGUGGAGGCUCUGAGCACUACGCCGCUGGACUUCGCCGGACACUUGGGCUUGCUGCAGGAGCUGCUGUUGCGUCAUCGUCAGAGCCAGGACGGGGGCAGUUUCUACGGGCCCAUCCUGACCGCUCGCUCCCCACCCUCCUCCACCUCCGCCUCUCCAUCCAUCCCUCCAUCCUCCUCCUCCUCUUCUCCUCCUCCCCCGUCAUCCCCCUCUCCGGCUCCGUCUGUGCUGCUGGAGCUGCUGGUGUCUCUGUGUCUGGCCCUCAUGCGUUCCCACUACCCCAGCUACGCGGGCGUCGGCCCGCGCCAUCUCCACGGCAACCGGGCCGUGCAGGUGCGGAGCGCCGAGGUGCUGGCGCGGCUGGCGGCCGAGCUGGUCUCCGUGGCGACGCGGGGGGCCGGGGCCGGGCCGGGUGCGGAGAGAGCGCGGGGGGCCGCGUGCGUCUGGAGGCUGCUGGCCGACUGCAAGGUGCAGGAGUACGUGCUGCUGUCGCUCUGCGCCUCCAUGCACACGUGCCAGCGCGCGCACACACACACACACACACACUCGCACUCGCACACACACGCUCACACACACGGAGGAGGAGGAGACGCAGUGCUGCUGGACCCCGAGGAGGGCGGCGAGGUGUCCGAGGAGGGCCUGGUGGACAUCGGCCGGCUGUCGGAGGCGUCGGCUCACGAGCGCCCCCUUCAGGUGGCUCUGCUGCGGCUGCUGCGCGUGCUCAUCGUGCUGGAGCAUCACGUGUGGCCUAGCAACGCCGCGCGAGGCCUGCCCGGAGGAGGGGUCGCCGGGGACAACCACCCGCAUCAGAACCACAAACACCAGCCGUCGGGGUCCUCCGCGUCCCAGAAUGCAUCAGGCUCGUCGCUGGCGCGGGAGUGGCAGACGGCUGUGCUGUACCAGCAGUCCAUCCGGGCACUGCAGUACGUGCAGGCGCACCCUGUGACGGCGCAGGGCAUGUUUGUGUCGGCGGCGGGCCGGGCGCUGCAGGGGCAGUACGGGCACUCUCUGCACCCGGCGUGGCUGGAGCUGCUGGGGUCCGUGCUGCCCUUCCUGGGCCGCUCCCUCGGCCUCAUCGCCGCGCCGCUGCUCAGCCAGAUGUGCCGCAACCUGGACGAGCUCGUCAAGGCCCACGAGCACGACGGCGUCAAGGGCACACAGAGCUCCAGUCUGAAGAAGGAGAACAUUGCCCCUGACUACCCACUAACAUUACUGGAGGGGAUCACAGACAUCACACACUACUGUCUGCUGGAGAACAAGAAGUCCUCUCAGGGUGGUGAUGCUGCAGACAUGCGUAACGCUCGUAAUGCUGUGCUGGAGGAGUUUCCGCACAUGCUCAGUAGCAUGGCGCAGCUGUGGGGCGUGGUCAAGGGGGAGGAGUCUCAGCGCAGAGGCGCCGACUCGAUCCAGCUCAGUCGCCACUCAGCCACCUCCGUCUACUUCAAGAGCACCAAGGUGCUCCGUCAGAAGGUGCUGGACUUCCUGACUCCGCUGACGCAGCAGUUCGGGGUGCAGCUGAUGGCCUCCGUAGCCGCCGUGUGGAGCAGCCGCCGCAGCAGGAGGAGGCACGCCAAGAACAAGAUCCUGCCCGAGGCGAGCGAGUCUCGUUUGACCAUAGUGCACCUGGUGAAGUCCCUGAGCUCCCUACGCACCGACACCAUCCUGCAGCUCGUCAAGGAGGUGGUGAAGAAACCCCACCAGAUCAAAGGAGACCAGAAGUCCACUCUGGCAGACAUCCCAAUGCUCCAGUUCAGCUACGCUUUCAUCCAGAGCCUGCCGGCCCAGAGUCUCCAUGACAACGUGCUGCCCCUCCUCAGCCUGCUCAGGGAGUCGGCUCAGCUCAACCUGGCCCCGCCCGGCCACUUCCUGCUCCUGGGCAUCCUGAAUGACUUUGUGAAUCGUCUCCCGAACAUCGACAACAAGAGAGACACCAGAGAGCUACAGGAAGUGACGCAGCGCAUCCUGGAGGCGGUGGGGGGCGUGGCGGGCUCGUCUCUGGAGCAGACCAGCUGGCUGAGCCGUAACCUGGAAGUGAAAGCCCAGCCGCAGGUCUGUCUGCAGGAGGACCAGGACGACCCCGAGGACAACGACCUCGACGACUCCGCUGGUCAGGCCAGUGCUAUGGUCUCCUCCUCGGCCCCCUCUGUCUACAGUGUACAGGCUCUGGCCCUCCUCGCUGAGAUCCUGGCUCCGCUGUUGGACAUGGUGUACCGUAGUGAUGAGAAGGAGAAGGCCGUGCCUCUGAUCUCACGCCUUAUGUACUACGUCUACCCCUACCUGAAGAACCACAGUGCCUACAACAUGCCUAGCUUUGGUGCGGGGGCCCAGCUGCUGAGCAGUCUGAGUGGGUACGCCUACACCAAGCGCGCCUGGAAGAAGGAGGUGCUGGAGCUCUACAUGGACCCCCUCUUCUUCCACAUGGACCCCUCCUGCACCUGCCACUGGAGGGCUAUCAUUGACCAUCUCCUCACCCAUGAAAAGACCAUGUUCAAGGACCUGAUGAGCAUGCAGAGCAGCUCUCUGAAGCUGUUCCCCAGUGCGGAGCAGAAGCCAAUGCUGCUGAAGCGGCAGGCCUUCGCCAUGUUCAGUGGAGAACUCGACCAGUACCAUCUCUACCUGCCCCUCAUACAGGAGCGUCUAACGGAGAACCUUCGUAUGGGUCAGACUGCGUCCAUAGCGGCUCAGAUGUUCCUCAUGUUCCGCGUUCUCCUGCUACGGAUCUCCCCGCAGCACCUCACCUCCCUCUGGCCCAUCAUGGUCACGGAACUGAUCCGUAGUUUUGUUCGUCUGGAGAAGGCUCUGAUGGAGGACAAAGAGGCAUCAAAGACUAAGGCGCGUGGCGCUCCAGAGAAGAAUGGUGUUGUGGCGUUCUCUGCGUCUGAUCUGGACAUGUAUCUGUCCGCCUGCAAGUUCCUGGACAUGGCCAUCUCCUUCCCCCCUGAACGCAUGCCGCUCUUUCAGAUGUACCGCUGGGCCUUUGUGCCUGAGGUGGAUGUUGACAGUUACAGUGGGCCAGAAAACAACCUGCUGGAGGGAGAACAGGAGUGCACCCCACACGUCAGCAGAGUACUGGAGGGGCUACAGCGACGCUAUGGGGAGUUGAAUGGUGUGGUGGGGGAGUCCAGUACGGAGCGGUUGGAGUUCCCUCUGUUGACGCUGCGCUCGCUCUCCUCCAUCACGCAGCUGCAGCCCUUCCUGCACACGCUCAGUUGCUCCUUCAGGGGUCGCCCCGGCAACAGCGACCCCGGCGACCCCUGGCCGGCGGCCGACUACCCGGCCCACAGCUCCGAGGACGUCCUCCGCCGCCUCGAGGCCAUCACCGAGGGAGAGUUCCUCAGCAGUAUGGAGGGAUAGAGAGGAAGAGAGGAGGAGGAG